GUGGCGGGAGAUUGGCGGGCGCCAUGGAGCGGCUGCGGGACGUGAGGACGAGACUGCAGGAGUGGGAGCGCGCGUUCCGGCAGCAGCGCGGGCGGAAGCCGGGACAGGAGGACGUGGCGGCGGCGCCGGAGGAAACCCGCGCGCUCUACCGCGAGUACCGCGCCCUGAAGGGGGCCUUGCGCCAUGCCGUCAGCGGCGACGCCCAGCAGCCGCUUCCCGCAGCGGCAGAGGAGGUGUCAGAGCCCAGCUGCUGGGGGACCCACCUGAAUCGGGCUGCAACCCAGAGUCCCGGUCCUACUGCCAGACCCAGGUCGCAGAAGUCCCUGCAGGACUACGGGAAGAGGCUUAAGGCCAAUUUAAAGGGUGCUCUGCAGGUUGGGCCAACCCCGAGCCGAAUACCGCGGCCCCCACGAAGACCCACAUCUGAGAUACCUUCCUCAGGGUCACCAGGCACAGAGUCUGUUCCUGGCUCUCCAGAAGAAGCCAGCAGGGUGUCCCUGCCAUCUCCUGUGUCCCAGCUGAGGCCAGGCCGGCUCCAGCAACUCCAGGCAUCCCUCAGCUUGCGGCUAAGUUCCCUGGACCCUGGCUGGCUACAGCGGUGUCACAGUGAGGCCCUCCAGCCCAGCCUGGGUGCAGAGAAGUCUCAGCCCCUGCGUUCAGCUGCUUCCCCUGUCCUCAGUUCCAGCACUGUCCACAAAGCACCAUCACAGGCUUCAGAAGCACCAGUUCUACAAGCAGCUAGAGUUAGGACAGGGACCCCCCAGCCUGACUACGGUCAAGGCAAGAAGCGGAGAUGGAGUGGAGAGUCAGAUGGGAGUCCUGUGCCAGGCCAGCAGGAUGACAGCCAAGUGGGAUCCCUGCCUGAGGGAGCCAGGGCUGCGGAGCACAAGGAAGAGCCCAGAAGGGCACAACCCACCAGGCUAGCUGCCCAGGGCGGAGGCAACUAUGUGCGACUCAACAUGAAGAGGAAGUGCUACGUGCGGGGACUGGCCUUACGUGGCAGGUUCCUCCGCAAGCAGAUGUGGAAACAAAAGUGGCAGAAGAAAGAGGAAUACCUUGGCAGGCGUCAGCCCAGGAGCACAGAUGGGAAUUGCUGCUUUCAGUGUGGGAAGCUGGGCCACUGGGCAUCACAGUGUUCCCAGCCAGAACCAGCUGUCACCUCACAGAAGGUGGGUGGUGAGAAAGAAGGUGCCACACAGACUCUGCCCACCUUGGGAGAAACAGCCCAGCAGACAAACAAUUCCUGCCCCCUCCCUGACGAGGAAGGGACAGAGCUUAUGGGGCCUAAACUGUCUGUGCCCAUGGAGCAACCUGUGCCCGAGGCACCUUGCCCGCCCCCUGCCGUGCCACCACUCUACCCACUGGGGCCCUCAGGGCAAGUGGCAGAGACACCAGUGGAGGUAUUCCAGGCCCUAGAGCACCUGGGGCACCAAACCUUCCGGCCUGGGCAGGAACAGGUGAUCAUGAGAAUCCUGUCUGGUGUCUCCACGCUGCUGGUGCUGCCCACAGGCGCUGGCAAGUCCCUGUGCUACCAGCUCCCUGCACUGCUGUACGCCCGACGCAGCUCCUGCCUUACACUGGUUGUCUCUCCGCUCCUGUCACUCAUGGAUGACCAGGUGUCUGGCCUGCCCCCUGGCCUGAAGGCGGCCUGCCUGCACUCCGGUAUGACCAGAAAGCAGCGGGACUCAGUCCUGCAGAAGGUUCAGGCAGCCCAGGUACAUGUGCUGCUGCUGUCUCCCGAGGCUCUGGUUGGGAGCUGGAGACCUGGGAGCCUGCCCCAGCUGCCUCCCAUUGCCUUUGCCUGCCUGGAUGAGGCUCACUGUCUCUCUCAGUGGUCUCACAACUUCCGGCCAUGCUACCUACGUGUCUGCAAGGUGCUUCGGGAACGCCUGGGUGUGCGCUGCUUCCUGGGGCUCACAGCCACGGCCACACGCAGCACCGCCCGCGAUGUGGCUCAUCACCUGGGAAUAGCUGAGGAUCCCAGCCUCAGGGAGUCAGCUGCCAUCCCCAGCAACCUGCACCUCUCUGUGUCCAUGGACAGGGACCCCGACCAGGCGCUGGUGACGCUACUGCAGAGCGACCGCUUCCGCACUCUCAACUCUGUCAUUGUGUACUGCAACCGGCGUGAGGACACGGAGCGUGUGGCUGCUCUACUGCGCACCUGCCUGCGUGGGGACCGAGGGCCGGGGUCCAGGGGGGAGGCAGUGGCCGAAGCCUACCACGCCGGCAUGUGUGCUCGGGAGCGGCGGCGGGUGCAGCGGGCCUUCAUGGAGGGCCGGCUGCUGGUGGUGGUGGCCACCGUUGCCUUUGGGAUGGGCUUGGACCGGCCGGAUGUGCGAGCUGUGCUGCACCUCGGGCUGCCCGCAAGUCUGGAGAGUUACGUGCAGGCCGUGGGCCGGGCCGGGCGUGACAGGCAGCCUGCACAAUGCCACUUGUUCCUGCAGCCGCAGGGCGAGGACCUUCGGGAGCUGCGCCGGCACGUGCACGCCCAGGCCCUGGACUUCCUGACUGUGAAGAGGCUGGUGCAGCAUGCCUUCCCACCCUGCUCGUGCCCCCGGCCGACCCCAGACCAGGAGGGGAACAAGGGCCAGGGGAGGUGUGAGGCUGGUGCCCCUGCAGGUGCGUCCUCGGCGGAGAAUGAGCAGCCCAGUCAGGCGCACAUGACCCGGUGCCCAGGCCACAGGCGCGCACUCCCAGUGGAGCAGAUGGUGCAGGCCCUGGACUUGCCCGAGGAGGGUGAGUACUUAGAGCUGGGCAUAGGGUGUCACCAAGCCCCCACAUUCCUGAGCCCUGCUUUGUCCCCAGCUAUUGAAACCCUUCUGACCUACCUGGAGCUGCACCCACAGCACUGGCUAGAGCUGCUGACACCCACCUAUGCCCACUGCUGCCUGCGCUGCCCAGGGGGCUCCACCCAGCUCCAGGCCCUGGCGCAAAGGUGUCCCCCCCUGGCUGUGCACUUGGCCCGACAACCACCAGAAGACACAGAUGGACGACAUGUGUCUGUGGAGUUUGAUGUGGUGGAGCUGGCAGACUCAAUGGGCUGGGAGCUGGGUCCUGUGCGGCGGGCUCUCCACCAGCUGCAGUGGAACCCAGCAACCAGGACAGGUGCACCUCAAGGCAACAGGAUGCUGCUGGAGUUCCAGGAACUGGCCUUCCAUCUGCACAGCCCCGGGGACCUGACAGCUGAGGAGAGAGACCAGAUCUGUAGCUUCCUUUAUGGCCGAGUGCAGGCUCGGGAGCGGGAAGCCCUGGCCCGCCUACGCCGCACCUUCCAGAUCUUUCACAGCGUGGCUUUCCCCAGCUGUGGGCCAUGCCUGGAGCAGCCAGAUGAGGAACGCAGUGCCAGACUCAAGGCCAUGCUAAGCCUCUACUUUGAGGAAGAGGAAAAGGGGCCAGCAAACCUGGAGCAGGAGCAGGGCCUGGAGCCUGGACAGGUCACGCUCCAAGACUGGGAGGACCAGGUCCGGCGUGAUAUCCACCAGUUGCUGUCCUCGUGGCCUGAGCAGAAGUUCACUGGCAGGGCUGUGGCCCGAAUCUUCCAUGGCAUCGGGAGCCCAUGCUAUCCAGCCCAGGUGUAUGGGCGGGACCGGCGCUUCUGGAGGAAGUACCUGCACCUGAGUUUCCAUGGCCUGAUGCAGCUGGCUACAGCGGAGAUCCUGGCAUGGGGCCACUGAUCACCACCUGGGGUGGCCUGCCUCCUGCAUCACAGGCAGGCUGGCUGCAGUGGCUCAUAAGAGACAGGGGUAAUCUGUGACCAAGAUAGCUACUGUCCCCAAGAGUGUGGGGUCAGGAGGCCCCAAAAUGUAGAAUGAAAGAUGUUUGUGGGACUGGGCAGAGCCUGACCUAUAGCACCAACCUAAGGGCCCAGAGGCUACAGGGCCAAUUCCCAGCAAAACUUUAGCACAGAGCUGAGACCUGCUCCUGUCCUUUCCCAUCUCUCCUUUCCUAUCUGUCUCCUUCUCUCUCUCUCUCGAUAAAUCUUGGUUAGGGGCCGGGUGGUGGCACACCUGUUUGAGCGCACGUUACAGUGCACAGGACCCAGGUUUGAGUCCCCAGUGAAGCAGGGCUGCAGGUGUCUCUCUGUCUCUAUCUCCCCCUUCCCUCUCGAUUUCUGGUUGUAUCUACCCAAUAAAUAAAUUAAUUAUCUAAAUUUAAAAAAUAAAUCUUUUUUAAAAUG